UGACAGACAAAUAUCUGUCUAAUAUGUGGUGAUAAAGGAAAUCCGAAGUGCCACGUAUAUUGCGUCCGAUGUAAAGCUUGUUUUCAGCAUAGUUUCUUUUAGUAUUAAAAAUGGGAACCUCAACAUUUGAACUCUUACGGUGAAAGUCACUGAAAGCUUUAUGUGAUAGCAAGCCCGUGUGCAUAUAGCCUCCAAUCUCUUCUUCUUUGAAGUUUAUAUAUUGAUGUGAUCCGAAUCUAUCCACAAUUCAUACUACUUGUGUUUCAAGUGGAGAAGUGAAAGUGUAAAACUGGAACCUAAGCUGGCCAAUACCAGUAGAAGCAUGUCAGAUAUUGUUUAGAUGAGUUCUAUACAGAAGAUGAUGGAACAAUUAUCUGGAAAUGUGAGGACUGUGCACCACGUAAUCCCAAAAGAUGUGGAUCUGAAGAAUUAAGAAGAAGCAUGCGUGUAAUUCAUGUUGCUGAAGCUAAAUAUAGAAGGAUAAAAAUGCAAAAGGAGAGUUUUGCAGUUAGAAAACCAAAAUCUGUCAGAUCAUCUGACGGUUUUCAUAAAUGCACUAGGAAAAAUGACAGUGAGAAGAAACAACCGGUCCUUGAAGACAAUGGCAUCUAUUAUGAGGAACCUGAAUCACCUAAAGGUCCUAUAAAUAUUUCAACUGACAAGAAAGCAUCGGAACAUGAGCAAUAUGUUUACUCUGAAGCCUUAACGACUCAACACCAUAGUUAUCCAGAAUUUGACAAGCCUAGCCGUGCUCACCCACUUAGUGAUCCAGUUUGGACGGGACAAUUUAUAUUGAAGAACGCAAAUAAUUUUGGUCUUGUUGCUUAUGCGUCAAGCGCAGCUUGCUCAAAAGUGCAUUUGGCAGUGACACAGCUUCCUACACUGCUUGAUGUGGAGAUGUUAUCGAGGUGUGGUAUUUGGCCCAAGCGUUUUGAUACGUCUCCUCCUAACGGUGAUAGUAUCGGUCUCUAUUUCUUUCCACAUUAUGAAAGGUAUGCUUUAUCAAUGGAAUAUAUUCUUCAUACUGACUGGUCUUGUAAUUUUCUAUGUAAACCUUGUUUUGUAUAUUCUCUAACAUCAAUUAGGGAUGAGUCGAUUUUUGAUGGUGUGAUGAAUCAAGUAAUUGAACAAGAAUUUGCUCUCAAGGCGGUCAUUAACAACAUAGAGCUCCUCAUUUUUUCUUCACGUUUAUUACCUCCAAGUGAUCGGAGAAUUUGUGACAAGUAUUAUUUGUGGGGUGUUUUCAAACCAAAGUCUGUCAGUGGGAAUAUUCGGCCCAAUUAAUCCCCUGAACAGAAACAUUUUGUGGCUUCUUAAUCUGCCGAGUCAACUCUAUGAAAUCUCGUACCAGGUCAGAUUGAGCAUAUUUUCACAUGUCUGUAUAUAGGGGUGUAUGAUAUAAAACGCAUUUAAUUCAAUCACUUGUCUAGUUUUCUAGGAAUUUGUAAAAAGCUUUGUUUGUAGGAUGUUUUCAAGUAACUUUCAGCUUUAUUUGUAAAAAGCUUUCAUCAACUACAUAUAAAUUUUUUUGUAAAACGCCACCCAUGAUAGCCAAAGUUUUCUAGGAUUUACUCUGUGGUCUUUGUUCCCAUCAGCACGAGAUAAUAGAUCAAUUGUUUCUCAAUUGUGGUAAA